GAGCAAGGAGCGAGGAGGCGAAAGAGGGAGACAUGGAGGCUAAUUGUAGUAGUAGUAGCAGUGCGACCCAAAAGGCUUCGUCAAUUAGGUGGGGCAUUCUUCGACGCGCCCUUCUUCGUCGUCCUUCACCCUCUACAGAUGAACAAUCUGAAAUGAGUAUCAGGCGUAUAUCUAGGAAGACGAAUCACGGGUUCAACUUGAUACCAUACCAUCUGGUAGAAAGCCACAACGAAGAAAAUUCAGAUUCUUUCUCAAAAGCAAAUCACUUGGGCAGUAGCUCUAGAGACAUCCGCAUUUGCUAUACAUUGCCAAUUGAUAGUGCUCCCAAAAUUUUUCUUAAUCAGAGAGUGGACGAUCGGGCUGACCUACAUGAUUUUGAGAUCUGUAACAGAUUUAAUAUUGACAACACAGGACUUGUUUGUCAUUGGCCGUCAGAGGAUGUUCUUGCUUAUUACUGCAUGGUGCACACAGAAAAUUUCAGGUUUCUUGCACAAUAUCAUAUUUCUAUUCGGUGCUUGACAACUCAACCGCUGUUUCUCAGGUCUAAAAAAGUCAUUGAACUUGGAUCAGGCUACGGUCUAGCUGGCUUAGUUAUGGCAGUGGUCACUGAAGCAUUAGAAGUUGUGAUAUCAGAUGGAAACCCUCAAGUAGUUGAUUAUAUUCAGUGUAACAUAAAGGCUAAUUCCACCACAUUUGGUGGUACAAGAGUGAAGUCUAUGAUGCUGCAUUGGAAUCAAGAAGAAAUCUCAGAUAUCUCCAACACAUUUGAUGUCAUUGUUGCAAGUGACUGUACUUUCUUUAAGGAAUUCCACAAAGGCCUUGUUCAAACUGUCAAUUUUUUGCUAAAAAAUGAGGGGCCCUCUGAAGCCAUAUUUUUCAGUCCCAAACGGGGUGACUCAUUGGAUGAAUUUCUACUGGAAGUUAAAGAGAGUGGCUUGCAUUUCGGCAUAACUGAGAUUUAUGACCCAGAGGUUUGGAGGCGACAUCAGGCAUUCGUUAACAGUGAUGACUCCUGGCCCAACUAUGAGAAGGAUCACUGUUACCCUUUAUUAAUCAGAAUUACGCGUUGAAUUUUCAGACUCUAUUUAAUCUUUUUUGUCCAUGAUCCAGGUAGUUAAAGAUUUAUCUCUAUAACUUACUAUUUCUUCUAUAACAUAAUCGGUUUAUCCAUGUGAUAGGCACUGGUCUUAUUCUACUUUCUAGGACAUAAGAAUUCUUAAGUAAAGACACAUGGGCUACUAGUUGCAUCUUUUUGCCUAAUCUGUCAUGGGGUCCCAGAAAAUCUUACACUGCACAUUGUUGUCCACUAAUUUCCAUUGGUCCUCAUGGAUUUAGUAUUGGCCACUUAGAUAGGAAAGCAUUCAUUUAUCGUUUUUGUUUGAUCUUACAUCUUAGUGAUA